AUGAACUUAGUCAGAGCUUUACCACCCCACCCAACUUUAAUUAGAAGUCCUAGAGACCGCCGCGUGGACUUGAUAACAAAUCAAUACUCUUUCCACAUCCUGCCUCCAUUCAAAAUCUACAUCUACAGUUUAGAGUUCUUUCCAGAUGUCGAUUUAAACAACAAGUCUCUCAUGCGCAGAAUAGUCAGAGACUCAAGAAGCACUAUAAACCUGUUCCUUCACAAGUUCAUUCACUGUGGCAUGUGUUUUUUCUCACUAAAUAACCUUGAGAUGCCACCAGAGCUCAGUCCAGACCCAGCGCUCUAUGAUUUCUGUCAAAAUAUCCUAUGCUAAUUAAUUUAAUUCUACUCUUUUUUAAAUAAAAUAAUUGACCAAUAUAUUUAUUUUUUAUUCAAUCAGACAUAGAAUAACUGUAAAUUCUAUCAUAAACGAAAAAGAAUAUGGAAUUCGGAUACAAAAAGCUGGAACUAUUGACUUCAAAGACUUUGGGACUAUGAAUGAAGCUACCCUUAUGUUCUUCAAUUUACUGCUCAAAGAGAAGCUAAAAUCGCUUGGCUUAAUUCAGCUUGGGAAUGACCGUCAUCUAUAUGACCCAAACAACACUAAAACACUCCAAAGAUACCCUGUCACAGUCUGGCCUGGGUACUUUGCUAGUGUAAAUAUAGCGCGCUCAGGACUACAAAUUACUUUAGACUGUGCCUUUAAGCUUGUAAGAGAGGAUAACGUGUUAGACGUAAUCCAAGAAAUUUCUAAAAAGCAAAACAAUAAUCCUAGAGAAAUUAUUAAAAAUACAUUAAAUGGCUCACUUAUAGUGACAAGCUAUGGAAACCAGGCACUUUACAGAAUAAUUGAUGUCCUUUUUGAGGAAAGUCCUGCAUCUACAUUUCCAAAAGGAAAUGAUGAAAUCAGCUACACUGAUUAUUUCUGCACAAGAUAUCAAAUCGAUAUUAAAGUCAGAAAUCAGCCACUUUUAUUAAUCCCUCCCCCAUCCUUGAUCGAAUGACUCGCCAUCGUUCGAUCAAGGAUGGGGGGGUUAAAAAAAUUUUUUUGGGGGGAAAAUAAUUAUAUAUAAAAUAAAAAAUAUAUAUAGAUAUUUGUUUUAUUUACUUUUAAAUAAGAGGGUCAAGAGUAUUUAAUAAUUAUUUUUACAGCAAAAAAUUGAAUUAAUUUCAUAAAAUACCAAUUUUUAAUAUUUUUGAUUUAUUAGUUACCCUUUUAAACUGUAUAAAUUUUAAUUUGUUCCUUAUUGAAUUAAAAAUUUUUUUUUUAAUUUUAAAGAAUCUCUAUUUUAUUAGAUUAUUGAGUUUUCAAGCCUAGAUUGAUGACUAAAUCACUUCGGAUGGUUGAUUCCGCAGCUUUCUGUCCCAAGCUUUGAUAACUAAUAUAUUUUUAUAUAUAUAAAAAUUUGCAUGAUAUGAAAAUCGUUCGAUCAAGGAUGGGGGUUAAUUUCCCAAUUUUUAGGAUUUUUUACAGUCAAUCGUUCGAUCAAGGAUGGGGGGGGAGUUAGCGAAAAUUUCGAAAAACGCUGUGCCUGUAAAGCUGAUCCCAGAGUUAUGCAAACUUGCUGGCGCUGAUUCUUUAGAUAGUUCUCCUCAAUUUAGAAAAGAAUUGGCCUUAACUACAACUUUAAGACCUGACCAACGAAAAUCAAAAAUCCAGAGCAUUGCUGAUAGGCUUGAAGCACUACCUCCUGAUGACUGAAAAAUCCAGUACUCUAGACAGCCAAUAAUCACUCGAGGACUUAUGCUAGAAAAGCCUAUUAUAAGACUAGGAGAAGGCACAGUCAGGGUCAACGAUAAUGGCUCAUUUAAAUUGACAAACAAAAUUUUGAGAAAUGCUGCGUCAAUUGAAAAAUGGAUGCUUUUUUACCCUGAAAGAGACGUAGAAGUCGCCAAAAGUUUGACUGCAGGUCUUAGAGAAGCUAGCCACGGCUGCGGGAUUCUUAUAAAUAACCCUCUGGCGAUUCCUAUUACAGGUAAACUUACUGAAGAAAACCUUGUUAAUUCAUUGUUUACUAAUGUAAAGCCAAAUGCCCAGCUUAUAGUAACUUUGAUACCUAGGUCUUUUACUAAGCUUUAUGAAAAAAUUAAGGUUUUACUCACAAAAGAGAGACCAAUCCCUAGUCAAGUAGUGCUGAUUGAGACUGCGAAAAGAGACGACUAUAGCAUUUAUUCAAAAAUUUUGACACAGAUGGCUACAAAGAUAGGCUCAGGACAAUGGUCAAUUGCUGUGCCUAGAAAUAUCCCUCCACUGACAAUGGUAUUCUUAGCUAUAGUAUUAUUAUUUUUCUAUAAAUAAUGCAUUAGUAAUUUCCUUUAUAAAAAUAAUAAAUUAUCUAUCGAAAAAUAUAAUGGUCUCUUCUAGGACUAUAGUAGGGAUCGACGUUUGUCAUGAUACCAGCUUGACCAAAAUUGGUAGUGUUUUAGGCUUCAGCUCUUCAGUCGACGCCAAUUUUACGAAAUAUUAUAAUCGUAUUGCUUUUCAUGAUGGCAUCCAAGAAAUAUCUACAGUUCUUGCUCCAAUAUUUCGUGACGCUCUAAAAGAGUUCUAUAAAUAUAACAAAAAACAAAAACCAGAAUGCAUAAUUCUAUAUAGAGAUGGGGUCGGGAUUUCUCAGUAUUCCCAAGUAGUCAAUAUAGAAAUCCCUCAGCUUGUAAGAAAUAACAUGAUGACGGACGGAAGAUGGAUUCAGAGACGCUCAACUAUGGAGCAGAUUGGACUCAUCCUGAUGAAGCUGACAAUAGUUCCUCUGUCACUGUUUGAAGAAGAACUUCAGGUUUGGGAAGCCUUGCAGAAGAGGAAGGCACCGGACUAGGGUGGCUCUAACCUGGGAAGCUAGCCCCUAGACAGGUAAUUCAAGUCGGAAAUUCAAAAGGGGGCAAACUUCCAUUUUUCUAAUUUGAACUCAAGGUUAUGGAGAAUGGCUUUUUAGAGCCAAUACAAAGCAAUUGAUUAGUGGCAAACUCCGUUUUGGCCAUAUAGUACCUUAAUAAAAUCAGCUUGUAAACUCAAUCAGGGAUUUUGAUAGGAAUUGGAGCCCUUCAAUUAUGGCUGUAAUAGUAAAUAAAAGGAUAAACCAAAGGUUUUUCUUAGAAAAUAACGGAGUUUUAUCAAAUCCCAGCCCUGGGGUUGUAAUUGAAGACGAAGUGGUAGUUCCCCAUUACAAUUUUUACAUGAUUUCUCAUAGUGUAACAGCAGGAACAGUAACUCCGACACAUUAUAAUGUGAUAGUAAAUGAUAGCCAAGUUCCGUGUAAGGCUUUAUAUGAGUUAACAUAUGGACUUUGCCACACUUAUUAUAACUGGCAAGGAGCAAUCAGAGUCCCUGCACCGUGUAUGUUUGCUCAUAAAAUUGCUUACCUGGUAGGAAAAUACACCAAAGCUGACUUUGACACCAAACUAGCUUUAACCUUCUUUUACCUCUAA